GAUUGACUCUGGUCUUGGGGCUGUACGCAGCCAGGGAUACAUGGCUGCCUGUCAGGCGAUGUUCAGGGCUUAUAUGCCCCACGAGCUUCUCUCAACCGGCUACGAAAAGGUCACUUCCGGUCGUAACUGUUGCUGCAUUCAUUUUCUGGUUGGAACUAGGGAACUCUGAAAUGUCCGACUUGCUAAUAGUUUAUAGUUAUACACGUGCCGCAUUCACUCAGUUAGCAAGUUGGCAUUCUCUAGUUUCCUAGUUCUGAAUAGCACGUAAACGUGGCAUGUAUACCGCCUAGUCGAAACCACGUAGUUAUGGCGGCGUGCUGUCCAGUUCCGGAUUUGUUUGAAGUAUGUGUUGACGGCGUCUAGUUGGGACUUUGGCAUAUUUCGUCAACCAACUUCAAUUUGUCAACCUAACUAAGCAAAGUUAGAAUUGUAUCGUUGGUAUUUUACAAGGACGUUUCCUUUUAUACACUUUUCUAGCUUACCAGGGCUAGCUAAACUAGCGACCGAGAACCAGCGAAUGCUAGUUGCUACUCGCCUGGAUUCAUCGCUUUCAUUUUUAAUGACGGUUUAGCUACUUUUUAAAAGGUUUUUUUCUUCAUUCAUUUUCAAUCGAGUGUGGCGAAAGUAGGAUUUGAACUGAGCACACGAUUGCUAUUGGUCGGUGUCUACUUGACCUGCAGCUGCAGGUUCUGGAGGGAAGAGGCUGGGGACCCGACUCAACCGGAGUCUCUCGGGCUGUACCGCUAUUUGUGCCGAGAAUACUGUUUGAGUGACUGUCGAAAUGCUGAAGACCCGUCAGUGUUUACUUGGCAUUCGCACUUUCCUCGGAGUGACGUCUAGAAUAUGGGGGUUUAUUCUGUACAUACUCAGGAAACAUUUAAGGACGGUAAUCCAGUACCAAACAGUGCGUUAUGACACAUUACCUCUGUCGCCUGUGUUCAUAAACCGACUCAAUGCCGUUAAGAGGAAGAUUCUGGUGCUAGACCUUGACGAGACCCUAAUUCACUCCCACCAUGACGGGGUGAUGAGACCCACAGUGAGACCAGGCACUCCCCCAGACUUCAUUCUAAAGGUGGUAAUCGACAAACAUCCUGUCAGGUUUUUUGUACAUAAAAGACCGCAUGUGGACUUCUUCUUAGAAGUGGUAAGUCAGUGGUAUGAGCUGGUGGUUUUCACGGCUAGUAUGGAAAUCUAUGGCUCAGCUGUGUCUGACAAGCUAGACAAGGACAGGGACAUCCUGAAACGAAGAUACUACAGACAGCACUGUACAUUGGAUCUGGGUAGUUAUAUUAAAGAUCUUUCUGUGGUGCACAACGAUCUAUCUAGUGUAGUCAUCCUGGACAACUCGCCUGGGGCCUACCGCAGCCACCCUGACAACGCAAUACCCAUCAAAUCGUGGUUCAGCGACCCAAGCGACACAGCUCUUCUUAACCUGCUACCCAUGCUAGACGCCCUGAGGUUCACCUCAGAUGUCCGGUCCGUCCUCAGUCGAAACCUCCAUCAGCAUCGGCUAUGGUGAUUCGCCAUCGGCGCCAGCCUCAGCAGCUCCACCUCCUCUUUUUAGAAUGCCUUCUCUGCUGGUUGUUGCUCCACCCCCCCCCCCCCCCCCCCCCCCCCCCCCCUCUCUGCUCAGCUCACAUCUCCCCUGUGUGAGCCUUUUUAAGAAGGGUGAGGACAAAGACUGGGGGCCACAAAUACCGAGGAGGGAGCUAUGUAUAAGGAAGGAAAACAAAGUGGAGAGGGCAAACUUUUUAUUUGUAUUUUUCCUGAAUGGAAACUCUUGCCUUAAAGUCCUUGGAUUCUGGGAGUGCAUGUUGAGUGUGUUUGUGUAAACAUGUGAGAGUAUGCUUGCAUUAGUCACUUUUUUGUUGUUGUUGAUGAAAUAUGAAAUCUUUUAAACUAUUGACUAUGGAAAUACUGAUUAUGAGACGAUGAAGAAACCAGUCCUUAUUUCAGAAAAAUGACUUGAAUGUUGUGUAGUUAAUACAGAUGUAAGAUUUUGACCCUUCUUCUCCAUCCACAGAGCAAAGUUAAGUUUUAUUUUCAUCAAUCUUUCUAUUCAUGAGCAUGUUUUCUUCCUUGGACUUUUUCAAGCCUGAUUUACUCCCGUUCUCUUUAAACCAUGUACCAUGUACACAUUAUCCCAUUUCCUUCAAUGUAACUCCAACAUCCUGGCCCAUUGAAAAAUGUAAGCUAAGGCCUUUGGUGGGUUUCUGUCGGUCAGACAUCAAAUCGAUCAGUGUCCAAUAAAUUGCUUGGCAUCAUACUA